AUGAACGAGGACGCAUCUUGUGCUUCGAAUACCCCAACAUCUCACGAUGGGGUCACUACAGACGUAGCCCGAGCCAGGUGGACCCUCCUCAGACAAGUUUUGCGUAAGAAGCAGUUGGACAACGCAGAGGUCAAACAGGCAUCUGUCCGUAGGUUUGCCACCUUCGACCUCUUCGUUAGGACGAGGCCCGCGUCCCACGACACUUCGGAGGAGCAGUGGGUUGAGUACAGAAGUGCCUUCUUUCCUGAGCACAGUGCCUUCCUCAGGGACAACCUGGGUCCUCUCCGAGUUAAUGAAGUGCUCAACAGCUUUGACAACACGGGCAAUGUCUGUGUGUGGCCGUCAGAGGAGACCAUGGCUCAUUACUGCCUGCAAAACAGUCACAUGUUCACGGGCGCCGUUUGUGAGUUGGGAGGAGGCAUGACUUGUCUGGCUGGACUCAUGGUUGCUGUUUGUGCUGACGUGAAGGAAGUGGUGCUGUCAGACGGCAAUGAGAAGUGCAUUCAGAAUGUACGAGGGAUUGUCGAGAGAAACAAGCGAGCGGGGAAGUUUGGAUCAACGCAUGUUUCUACCAGGGUGCUGAGGUGGGACAGCGAUCUGGACAUUUCAGCAUUAGAAGCCCAUUUUGAUGUUGUCAUGUGUGCAGACUGUUUGUUCCUCGACCAGUACAGAAGCAGCCUAGCCGAUGCUAUAAGGAGAUUACUGCACCCUAAUGGCGUGGCCUUUGUGUUUGCUCCACUUCGAGGUGACACCCUGCAGAUGUUCUGUCAGCUGGCCCAGCAGGCCGGACUCCUGGUGGCUCGGCACCAGCAGUACGAUGCCCAGGUGUGGGAUGUGCAUCUAAAGAUGCUGCAAGAAGGCAAAGAAGCGUACGACGAGAACAUCCACUACCCGCUGCUCCUCACGUUGACCAAAGGAUCUCAAGCGCAAUAA